CUCCUCGCCCGUCCAUACCCUUUGCUUUGACCCCGUGCAUACCCCGGCGUCAACGAUUCGCGUGCGGAUAGCAGCAGCGCGACCCGCCGAUCCCACCACCUCGUCUCUACGAUAGCAAGCAAGCGAAACCUGCCCAUCAUGGUGUCAGUCUUUUGCGUCGGUCUCGGUGAAUUCUUCACCUUUAGCGCCAUGGUCCUCAUGAUCUUGUCCAACAUCGGACAGUUGACAGAGAACAUGGUGUCGCGGUCCUUUCGCUACGUCUCGAUCAACACGCAGGACUUUGAACAGUCGAUCCGCUCCAUUGCCAAUCAGAAUAACAUCGCCGUCAAUGGCAUCUUCGCCAGCGACCAGAACUCUCCCGAGCUUGCGGGCAAUGGCCUUAAGUACAACUAUGAGUGGGGCCUUUACAACUUCUGCGCUGGUCAGUCUCAAGGUUCGAGCACGCGUUCGUGCUCAGACAAGAGCUUCGUCUACGAGUUCGACCCGAUCAAGGUGCUGCAGCAGGAUAUUAACCAGCAGCUCCAGCCCUACGUCAGCCAGGCACUUCCUGCUACCACGCUGAGGGAUUCGAGCUACCUUGGCUCCUUUACCAAGGCCGCCAACAUCCUGGCCUUUAUCGGAACCGUCGUCGUGGGGCUCAGCUUCCUCGUGGCCUUCUUGGCCCACCGUUUCGCCUUUUUGCUCGCUGCGCUGCUCGCCCUCCUGGCGGCUGGCUGCCUCGCUGUUGCCGCAGCCAUCUGGACGGCCAUUGUCUACAAGGUCCGCAAGAGCGUUGCUGAUCUUGGCAGCAACCCAGGUGUGGACAUCGAGUACGGCAACAUCAUCUGGAUGACGUGGGCUUCGUUUGGCGCCGCUGCCCUGAGCGUCAUUCCCCUGCUUAUCGCCUGCGUCAGCGGACGCCGCUCCAAGUACUGAUCUCUUGAGCUACUCUCACGUGGUCUCUAACCUCAGUUACAACGCAUAUAUCCCCCUUAGCUUCACCCUAACCACAGCCGCUAUCGGCUCCUAACGCACUCUUCCUCUUCCCCGUAGGCCUGCGACGUUUUUUCCGUCUUUAUUGCUUCGCUUCGUCUUUUUUCCC